AUGCUGCGGGACACCUCGAAGGCGUGGAGCAACAGCUCUGAGGCGUACAGCAGCGACCCCGAGGAUGAUGAUGAAGAAGAGGACAUGGUGUUUGGAGAGAGCGAUCAGGACGGCGUGGCGGAGGAGAUGAUGGACCUGAGUGACCUUCCCACAGCCCUGUUUGCCUGCAGCGUGCACGAAGCUGUGUUUGAGCAGGACACACACAGGGAGAGGUUUGAAGCCUUGUUUAGAAUCUACGACGAGCAGGUGACCUUCCAGAUGUUUAAAAGCUUCAGGAGAGUCCGAAUCAACUUCAGCACCCCGGAGGCGGCCGCUCGAGCUCGCAUCGAGCUGCACGAGUCUGAGUUCAACGGCAAGAAGCUAAAACUCUACUUUGCUCAAAUCCAAAACGGCGACGAAGACAUCGACAAGUCGUAUCUGGCGCCUCCGCAGCCCGUCAAACAGUUUCUGAUCUCGCCACCUGCCUCGCCGCCUGUGGGCUGGAGCCAGAGCGAAGACGCUACGCCUGUCAUCAACUAUGACCUGCUGUGUGCUGUCGCUAAGCUCGGACCGGGUGAAAAGUAUGAGCUCCACGCAGGGACAGAGUCCACCCCCAGUGUGGUCGUCCACGUGUGCGAGAGUGAAACGGAGGAGGAGGAGGCGGUGCGGCCAAAGCAGCAGAUCGUCCAGACCAGACGUCCCGACGGCUCCUCCAAUGUCUUCAACUAAAGGGGACCGCCUUAUCCAACCUGAACCUGGUGCGGCACCCCCCUGACCGCCGUUUAAAACCUGCGACACACCUGCCCUCUCUUUCUCGUCUCUGCACUCACAGAGAGCGUCGAUGCGCCUCAUUUCAGUUCAACUCCAAGCAAAAACAAACAAACAUUGCUCGAAGACGGUGUUUGUGGGGAGCGCGGCGAUGGAAUGAGGCAGCUUGAAGGGAAUGGAUGAGAACCACACACACACACUCAUCACAUUCUGCGGACAGCGUGGGGAGUGGCGGGCAUGCUUGCCUCUGUCGCACUAAUCCCCCCAUCCCCACUUCUGGUUUCCAGCAAGAGGGGUCAAAUACCUGUCCCAACACAGGCACACC